UGUAGUGUACCAUUGGGCAGGACAAGUAAGGAAUGAGCCAGCUUUGGGAAAGAGGACCUGCCAUCCUAGCUGGAGACAUCUGAAGAGAGGACAUCUUAGUCUUGUGGCAUGCUUCAGUAGAAAUUAUUCAGAAAAAGAUGGCUGGCUGUGGUGAAAUAGAUCAUUCGAUCAACAUGCUUCCCACAAAUAGGAAGACAAAUGAGUCAUGUGCUAACGCAGCACCUUCGCUGACAGUCCCCGAAUGUGCUAUCUGUCUGCAAACAUGUGUCCAUCCAGUAAGUCUGCCUUGUAAACACGUUUUUUGCUAUCUGUGUGUGAAGGGAGCUUCUUGGCUUGGGAAACGAUGUGCACUCUGCCGGCAGGAGAUUCCAGAGGAUUUUCUUGACAAGCCAACCUUGCUGUCACCAGAAGAACUCAAAGCGGCAAGCAGAGGCAAUGGAGAAUAUGCUUGGUACUAUGAAGGUAGAAAUGGUUGGUGGCAGUACGAUGAACGUACCAGCAGAGAGCUGGAAGAUGCCUUUUCCAAGGGUAAGAAGAGCACUGAAAUGCUAAUUGCUGGGUUUUUAUACGUAGCAGAUCUUGAAAAUAUGGUUCAGUAUAGGAGAAAUGAGCAUGGACGCCGCAGAAAAAUAAAACGAGACAUAAUAGAUAUACCAAAGAAGGGAGUGGCUGGGCUGAGGUUGGACUGCGACGCCAACACUGUCAAUCUGGCAAGAGAGAGCUCUGCUGAUGGUGCAGACAGCACACCGAUUCCGGGGGCUGCAGCGGUGCAGCCUCUAGCAUCCAUUCCUGCUAGGCCCCUGCCAUCACUAGAUGGUCAGCUGAUGAGUCCUUCAACGCCAUCACCUGACGCAAGCAAUUCUCUAGAGGACUCUUUUGCCCACUUGCAAAUAAAUGGAGACAGUAUGGCUGAAAGGAGUCAUAGGGGAGAGGGAGAAGAAGACCACGAAUCAUCAUCUUCUGGUAGGGUGCCAGCCCCCGACACCUCUGUGGAGGAGACCGAAUCGGAUGCUAGCAGCGAUAGCGAGGAUGUGUCUGCCCACCUUCAGCAACGCCUGUCCUCUGUCCAGCAGAGACUCUUGAAUGCAAAUGCAAGCCAGUCAGGAGUGGAUAGACCAGUGGCAGGGGGCGGGGUGGUAAACACAAGUGUAAGAUCUAGAAGGCCAGAUGGACAGUGCACAGUCACUGAAGUUUAAAUCUAGAGCCAUGCGAUUAAAAACUCAGUCCUGUAUCUGUAAAUUUUCUGUCCACAUUGGCAUUGCACUCAAACCUAGCAAUGUGUUUGGUGGGAGGCUGGGGUGAAGGGGAGAAACAGAUUUGGCCUGUUUAAGUCUCUUAACAUGUCUCAGCUGGAAGACUCUUAACUGUAGGAAACUGGGUUGUCGUGUUAAUGGCUUGAAAGCUGCUUAGCAAUACCCAGUUUUCUUGAAAAUGUCUUGUGUUUAUUUUGUAGCAUCUUCCCCUUGGAGAUACUCGAUCCCUUUUUGGCCAAUGUAUAUCUACUGUACAACUUGAAUUGUCUUCAUUAUCUGACUGUUGCAUUAAGUGUCUUACUACUUUCUGCAUGGAUUGAUGUGUGAAAAGAACACUAAAGCAAUGUGGGAACAGGCAAGAUGUUGGGUGUGAGCAGGAUGCUUAAUUUAAUGUGAGAAAAUAGAUGUGAGUUUGGAGUUAAAAUGUGUUUUUACUAGACAAGAGCAAUCAUUUACCUUCCUUCAAUGGAAAUGUAAAAAUGCUGUUAACUUUUGUUGCAAAUUCUUACCUAUACGCUCUUCAUGGCAUUUUCACUGGCUUUGCCAUCUAGUCCUUGUAGUUUUGUUUUUGAGGUCUUUCUUGAUCUGUCUCGUUUUUGUUACGGAAUUUAUAAUUUAAUAAAACUACAUUUUAUCAGUAACAAUCUUAGAUAAGUCUCCAGUCUAAUUGAACUUCACUGGAGGCCCUUUAAAGAAAACCAUCAU